AUGCCAAAUAGUAGGUUGCAAGAGGGUUUACCGAUUACUCCUACACUGUUGAAGACUUUUCCACCUGUUUACCAAACAAACGAAGCCGGGUAUUUUAAGAACAUCACCAAAACAAAAUCAGAUUUCUACACCAAUGUUGUAAUGACAACGUUGAAAUCAAAUUCAAGUUGGAGCAGUACAUCAAGAAGGAAAAAUAAGGAGAUAAUCCACCCUGUUUACCAAACAAACAAAGCUGGUUGGAGCAACACAUCAAGAAGGAAAAAUAAGGAGAUAACCCGAUGUAGCUGUGGUGAUAUUUGCCUUAUUUUUGUUUCACGCACUUCAGAAAACUCAGGACGAAAGGAUGAAGAUGGUGGUUGUGGUCAUUUCAAAUGGGUUGAUGAAGAAGAAGAAGAAUUUAGGGCUUUUAAGAAGCAAUCGAACCUUCAACAUAGCAAUAUCGAAUCUGUAAUGUUGCUCAAACUGAUUGUAGGGCUGCUAGUGAGUAUCUUGGUAUGUCUUGUUGUAGUUGUUAUUAAGAUGUAAGUUAGAUGAAAUGAUAACAAGUUUGUAGUGUAGUUUAUUACAUUGGUAGAUGUAUUGAAUCCGUAAAAGUUUGAAUGGUGUAAUGGUAUUAAAGUUUGAAAGGUUAUGAUCUAUUUUAUGAA